UUCCAGUAAGCAUCCUUGCCUUUCUGUUUUGGAGGCAGGAAUUUGGGAGAAGUGCCUUCGUUUCCAGGGGCGUCUUCCAUUUGAGAGCAAUACAGGAAGGGAGGCGUGUCUCCCGGCGGGGGAGCAUGGCCUAGACAUCCUUCUCUCUCGGGCUGAGGAGGUACACAGCCAGCUUCUUCUCCCAGUCUCCCCGCAGCACUACACUUCCCAGGAGGCAAAGGAGGCGGGCGCAUGCGCGUUGAGCAGCUCCACUAUGGCCACGGUGCUGUCCCGGGCGCUGAAGCUGCCAGGCAAGAAGAGCCCAGAUCUUGGGGAAUAUGAUCCUCUCACCCAGGCUGACAGUGAUGAAAGCGAAGAUGACCUGGUGCUCAACUUGCAGAAGAAUGGUGGGGUCAAAAAUGGGAAGAGUUCCCUGGGGGAAGUGCAGGAUGUGGACUCAGAUGUGGAAGUUGGGAUGACAAAGCAGCACCUGUCGGAGGGUACGGCAGAGGAAUAUCCCAGUGAGGCCAGCAAUAGCCUGGAGCUGAAGACGGCGAACUCCUUGAUGCCUUACUUCCGCACGGCCAUCUUUUUGCUCACGGUGGUGAUCUCUAUGAUACUCGUGUUGGUGUGUGCCUUCCUUAUUCCUUGUCCUGCGAGAGACUUGCAUAACACUUGGGUUCGUAACUUGGGUCAGGAGGCAGGUGGGGUGCUGUUUCCACCUGAACUUUUUGAUGUCAAUGGUGAUGGUCUUCCUGAUAUCCUGCUCUCUUUUACAGCUCUGAAAAAUGCCAGUGUGCUGGGUGUAUCUAAACCAUGGGUAACCGUGAUGGCCCUUUCGGGCAUGAAUGGCAGCACCCUGUGGUCCAGUCAUGUGAAAGAGGAGAUUCGAAGUGUGCAAUGUAAGGGCUUGAACCUUAUGUCCUCAACAGAGCCUGUCUGCCUCAUUACUGGGACCUCUAAAUUCCUCAGCCUUCUGAGUGCCUCCUCAGGAAAACCAAUUUGGACCCUUGACUCAUCCCACCUGCCCAGUGGAACCUUGGCAGCUCCAGCUGUUUCUGUACCUGACAUAGAUGGAGACAGGGUCAAUGAUUUGGUGGUCCUGGCUAUUGGAGAAACUCAGCCAGACUUAUGUUUCAUCUUGGUGUCUGGUAAAACCGGAAACCCUGUGGGAGGGCCAGUGAAAUACAGCAUUAAUGGAAAUGGAAAGUUGAUUGGCCCUCAGGCUCACGUUACUGGCCAUGGAGCGAUCUACAUCUUGUUUGGUUUUGGUAAUGUUCAAGCAGUUGCCUUGCGUGAUAUUUUUGCUCAAGCUAGAAACCGCGACAGCUUCCCACUAGUGCUGCAACGAGAAGAGUCUGAAUGGGAAAAGCGCCGCUCUGUCAAUUUGUCAGAACUUAUUGACAUUUACAGUGGUGGUGUUGAGUUUCUGCAGGCUGUAAAGUCUCCAGAGGGCAACUGCAGUGACCUCCUUAUCACUACUGAUCGUGGUUUGACCUUACUGAGGGGACAGGACUUGGAGCCUCGUUGGACGCUGAAACAGCAAGACAUUGACAGCCAGCCUUCUCCAGGCUACUUCAGCAAUGAUCAAACCCUGGACUUCAUGGUUCAGGCACAGAGUGCAGGCAACAUCACCAAAAAGCUGCUUGUAGUGGAUGGUAAAUCAGGCCUCCCAGUCUGGAACUAUGAGCUGCCCUGUCACAUGAAAAAAUCAGAUACCCUCUCAGUGAUGACUUUGGACAAGAAAUCUGUCUUUCUCUUCUGGGCCAAUGAGAAGCAGUCCAUCCUGAAAAGCUUGGAACCUAGCCCAAGAGUACACCAUCUUUAUCUUCUCCAUCCCACUUUUCCUUCACUCCUCUUGGACCUGAGUAAUACAACAGGCACAGUGACAGCUUCUUCCAUUGGAAUCAAUGAUCUUCAAAAAGAUGCAUUUUAUAUCACGGUGACAACAAGCAUCACCUCCGAACACCAACCGGGCUUUCUGUCAGUCAGCAAACUCCGCCUGAGGUGGGCUUUGAUGACUCAGAGUCGAGAGGUACCGCUCAAGGACACAGAUCCCAAAAUCAGUCGUGGGGAAUUGAGGCGCUUUCUUUCUAGGAUCAAAUUCACUGAUUUUGCUCACAAGUUCUAGCCAUGGAACUCCUCAGGUUUUUGGAGCAAUGGGACAAAAAUGUGGUUUGCAAUAUCAGCAAGCCAUGCUGCUCGGGCAGACUUCCUGAUGCAUUCAACCAAUCAGUCAAUAAUGGAGACUGGAAACCCAGCUGCCAAUAGCUGCACAAUGCUGGAAAGGCUGUACUAGCGAUCCUCAGGCAUAUCGAUCUGGAAGGAAUGCUGCUCGAUCCCUUUGUUGCUACUCCCUGUCUGUGUAAUUCCUUUCAGGUAUGAAGAUGUAAAUUUAUGCAAAGAUGAUGGCAUAUCUGUAUGUAUAUUGUAUUUUUAAGUUAUAAAAUAAUUCAGGAAGCUCAAAUUUGUAUUUUAGGGAAAACAUCUGCAUUUUGCUUUUCUUCCUAUUGUAUUCUUAGCUUUUGCGUUCCUUCGUCUCUUUGAUCUUCUUUGUGUUAGGGUCACUAUUGUGUCCCAUUCUGUUCUUCUCCCCACCCUCACCUUUUCUCACUCAAGGUCAAAUAGUAUUAUAUGUUCAGUACCGAAUGCAUUGUAUAUGCUCCCCCAUAAAUUCAGAUCUAGAUGGAUUUGAUGCUGUGUUGUCUCAAAUCUGCCCCUCUUCCAAUCAUGUUGGAACCAGCUGCCCUGUGGGUUGCUAUAAUUUUGGUUAUUCAGCAUAUUUCGAAGCAUUCAUUGCAAUGUUUUUUUGUAUUGGCAGGGAGCGUCUGAAAAUGCCUUGCUACAUUUUGGUGCAAUACAACUGUAGGUGGUGUUGCCACUUUGCAGACUUCUAUGGUGACCAUAAUGAUUCAUAACUCAUACCUAACUCUGCCUCUGACAAAAGCAAGAAAUAGAUGGAAACCAGGGCACUGGCCCAUUUCCUUAGGUGAUGAUUCCUAGUUACAGGAUAGCCUAUGUAAAGCGGGUUUCUCCAAACAGGUGGUCCCCAGAUAUGUUGAUUAAGGCUCCCAUCAUUCCUGUCCAGAGAGUAUCUACAACAAAAUUUUUGUAGUGUUUGCAUUUUAAGCCUGUUAAACAACUUUAUUUUUCAUUACUGGGUCAACUAAAUUGUGUUGACUCCUUCCCUGUGUUUGUGGAGCACACCACAUGUCCUGAUUUCAAGUAUGAUCUGAAAUGGCAUUAGAUUCAGCACCAUGAGAGAGAGGCAGCCAGUCAGAAAGGAAAGUGUUGCCCUUCUCCCUCUAUUGCAGAUCCUUGUGGCUCUCACCUCCUUGCCAUUUCCCUUCUCUGUUGAUACCAUUUUAUUUUCACCUCAAUGCCUUCUUCUGAGAGAUGUUUCUCCAGAAAAGGGUUUGUGAGAGGAGUGGCUUUUGUGCAACAGUCAUGGUCCAUUAUCAUCUGCCCAGUGCUGUGCUCCAAGGAAGACAUUUGAGCCUUUGUGUAAAACUGCACUAGUCUUUUUCCUGUUGUGGUAUUUGUAGCAUCAGGGAGGUAGCCAGCCCCUUUCUCCAAAUUGAGGUACUUGGGAUUAUCUAGAAGGAUUACCCAGCCAUAGCAGCUGUUCCAGAGGCUGUGCUGGCUAUAUCUCAGCUGCAGCAUCUGCUAUUAAUGGAAAGUAGUUCUUGAGGCUUUCCAGCAAAAUAGUGGGUAUUGAGGGGUGAUCUUUUUGGGGGUUGGGAGAUUUUCCUCCUCUUUCACUCUGCUUUAAGUGUAAGAUUCACCUCAUGGGAGAACCAACCCUAUUUCUUUGAUGUGAAAAAAGACUGGCAAUGGCAUUUGGGGAAUGCAUAAAGAUUCAGCUCCUUCAUGAAUCCACGCUCCAUUGUACAGUUUCCAUUUUCCCCCAGUAGUUCCUGCCAACUGGUACUUAAGAUACCUAUAUUGGAGGCCAUCAACAAAUCUUGAGGUUUUAAAUUUCAGAAUAUCAUUAUGUGCUUAGUGGAACGUCUUCCUUUUGUCUUUGUUCAGUUUCCCAUGACAGUAUGUAUGACAGAAGGAGAAAAACUUCUAUCCGUGGCUAGGCUUAUAUACUUCAGGUUGUUGUAGGUUUUUCAGGCUAUAUGGCCAUGUUGUAGAAGCAUUCUCUCCUGACUUUUCGCCUUCAUCUAUGGCAGGCAUCCUCAGAGGUUGUGAGGUCAGACCUCACAACUUCGAGGAUGCCUGCCAUAGAUGCAGGCGAAAUAUCAGAGAAUGCUUCUAGAACAUGGCCAUAUAGCCCAAAAAACCUACAACAACCUAGUGAUUCCGGUCAUGAAAGCCUUCGACAAUACAUUUAUAUACUCCCCCCCCCCCAAAGUCCUAAAUGUAAUCUUUCAUUAUAGGACAGUUGCUCCAGCUUUUUCAUCAGUUGUUUUCGUUCAUGUAUUUUUUGUAGGUUUUCUGUAUGAUACGCUUUUUGAGAUGUGUUUACCCAUACAAUGGUUGCUCUGUAGAUUUAUAUAAAAACAUUCCAGUCUUGGAAAUGCAUUUAUGAUUCCUUUCCCAGUCAACCCUAUUGUGUACUUUUCACGCCUAUUAUACCUUGGAUCAAAUUCUUCAUUGGAAGACAACCCUAAGAUCUCAUUUUGUAUUUCAGAUUGCAUCUAUACAUGGCCCAGUUAGAACUUUUUGCCUCCAUGUGUAUCUUUGCACUUCCUCGCGUUAUAAUGUGUACAUAAUUUAUACUUUAUAUUGUAAAGUUUACAUUGAGGUACAGAUUCUGAUUCACCCAUUUGUGUGAAAUUCUGUUGGAAUUAAUUGUAAAACCCUGCUUUUUAAAACCCUUCUGAAUAUUUUGUUGUUACCUGAAACUUGGUUAUCAUGCUGCUCAUUCCUAAUUAGUAAUUACAGAUCAUUUAUUAACUAAUCUAAUUCCAAUCCCUGAUUCUUGGCUGGUGGUAUUUCACUUUUCAUAACUCCAUGUGAAGAUUGUCCAUUGAUUCCUUUCCAUAUACUGGUGUUAGAUCAAGGCCACAAUAAGAGGGAUAUUUGUCCAUUGAAAUAAUCAUUUGUAUAUACAUUGGUUUCUUGUAAAUGUCUGUUCAUCACAAUGAUUCUUUAACCAGUCCUUGAUGUAGGACCUGGUCAUUUUUAUUCUUGAACCCUUGGAGAGUUUGUAUAUAUGAGAGGAAAGUUUAGGUAAGCAGUUCUGUAAAUACUAGCAAAACGAACAGCAUUUGUCUUCCCCCAAAAUGCCCUAGACCUGGCCUGCAUUCAUAAAGAUAUUAGGCAAAGGCAUAUUAAUUUGUUUAAGGUUUCCUCAGAAGGAAGGGACUCCGAGGUUACACAACCAUGGCUGGCAGUUCUGUCACUUACCUGAAAUGUCAGGAUGUGCCCAGAGGGUCUCUUCCUGCAAUUGAUAUAUUUGAUUUAUAUUGUUUGGUGACAGUGAACCCUCCACAAUGUGAAUCUUUUCCACAUUCUGUGUGCACUUUAAGAGCUUGUCUGUAUUUUGUUUGAAUGUGAACCCUACAGGUGCAAAUAAAUACCAUGUAUAUUAGCA